UUUUUUUUUUUUUUUUAGGCUACUGCUGCCUUUUAUAUUUUUGUUUUUUAACCCCACUCUUAUUUUGUUCCUUGUUUUAUCAAAUAACAAAAAAUAAAAUAAAAAAAAUAAUGGUCCCAUCUCAAGAAACCCUCAAGAAGAACUUCAUUAUCCCCUCUCCUGCUGGUGAUGCUGUUGCUCCUACUGGUGCAAACCUUUAUGCUCGUUUUGCUCUUGCCGGUGCUAUCUGUUGUGGUAUCACUCACGGUGCAAUGACUCCUGUUGAUGUCGUUAAGACUAGAAUUCAAUUGUCUCCCGAGAUUUACAACAAGGGUAUGAUUGCUGGUUUCCGUCAAGUCGUUCAAGCUGAAGGUGCUGGUGCCUUGUUGACCGGUUUUGGUCCUACCGCUGCUGGUUACUUCUUGCAAGGUGCUUUCAAGUUUGGUGGUUAUGAAUUCUGGAAAAAGACCUUUAUUAAUGCUAUUGGUGUUGAAAAGGCAUCUGAAAACCGUACUGCCAUUUAUUUGGGUGCUUCUGCUAUUGCUGAAUUCUUUGCUGAUGUUGCACUCUGUCCAUUGGAAGCUACUCGUAUUCGUCUUGUCUCUCAGCCUACCUUUGCUUCUGGUCUUCUUUCUGGUUUCUCCAAGAUUAUGAAAGAAGAAGGUGUCCUUAAGGGUUUCUAUUCUGGUUUCGGUCCUAUUUUAUUCAAACAAGUUCCUUAUACCAUGGCCAAGUUCGUUGUCUAUGAACGUACUACUGAAUUGAUUUUGAAAUCUUUGGAUACUCCUAAGGAUCAAAUUGCUCCUUCUACUAUGACUGUUGUUAAUCUUAGUUCUGGUAUUGUUGCUGGUACAGUUGCUGCCAUCGUUUCUCAACCUGCUGACACCUUGUUGUCCAAGAUUAACAAACAAAAGGGUGCUGCUGGUGAAUCUCUUACUUCUCGUCUUGUUACUAUGGCUGGUCAACUUGGUUUCAAGGGUCUCUUCUUGGGUCUUGGUCCUCGUAUUGUUAUGGUUGCCACUCUUACUGCUGGUCAAUUGUAAGUAUUUUAUUAAUUAGAAAAUAAGGAGGAGAGGGAAGGGAGAGAAGAUUGACAUGGAUUAACGUUUAUUUUUUUUUUUUUUAUAGCGCUAUUUACGGUGAUAUUAAGC